AUGGCUGGUGCUGAGUGUGGUCACCACCGGCUGCAGGAGGUGAUGAACAUGGAUGUGAAGCCUAAGCCCUCACGGCCGCACUGGUGUGAGCGCUGCGUGCAGCCCUGCCUGGCCGAGCUGCUGGGCACUGCCCUCUUCGUCUGCCUGGGCUGCCUCUCUGUGCUGGAGGCCGUGGAGGGCACCGGGCGGCUGCAGCCUGCCCUGGCACAUGGGCUCGCCCUGGGGGUCACUGUCGCCGUCCUGGGAGACAUCAGUGGAGGCCACUUCAACCCUGCUGUGUCCCUGGCCGUGUGGCUGGUUGGUGGGCUGAACAUGACCAUGCUCAUCCCUUACUGGGUCUCCCAGCUCUGCGGAGGGAUGAUAGGAGCUGGCCUGGCAAAGGCCGUGACGCCGGGAGAGCACUUUGGGAACGCCAGCGGAGGAGCCUUCGGCGGCGUCGCAGCCGAUGAGCAGGUCCCUGCUGUCCUCCUGGGAGAGAUCAUCAUGACCACCUUCCUGCUGCUGGUGGUCUGCAUGGGAGCUGUCAAUGGGAAGACCAAGACCCCUCUGGCACCGUUCUGCGUCGGCUUCACUGUCACAGCCAACAUCCUGGCGGGGGGUGGCGUGUCCGGAGCCUGCAUGAACCCUGCCCGAGCCUUUGGGCCAGCUCUGGUGGCAAACUACUGGGACUACCACUGGGUUUACUGGGUGGGGCCCAUGGUCGCUGCCCUCCUCGUUGGUGUGCUGGUGAGGCUCCUGAUGGGUGACCAGACCACCCGCCUGCUCCUGAAGUGA